AUGACGCGUCUUUCGCUCGUGGCAGGCGUCUUUGUCGCCUUGCUGGCGUGUGCCUCUCCCCGGGCUGUGAAGGGCCGCUCGCUGCUGCAGGAGCCGGACGUCCCCUUCGACCCCGCCGCCGUCGCCGCCCUCGACUCCCGCGCCGUGAUCAUCGCCGGCGCCGGCUCCCCAGCGACGGCGCGCCCCAACUGCCGCGACUUCUCCUCGGUCGCCUACGUGGAGGCCUUCAACCCCGCCACCUCGUCCCCCAGCUACCCGAUCGUCUACCCCCGCCCCUUCACCUCCCUCGACUUCCACUUCUCUGCCACCAACGCGGCGACCAAUGAGAAGCUGGACGUGCACCCGAAAUUCACCGCCGACAUCUCAACGUUCUCGUUCCUGCUCUCUGACGGCUCAUCUGCGCCCACUUACGACCUGACCAGCAAAGUACUGCCCGUUGGCUGGCGCUGCACAUUCAAGGUCGACCCCGCGUCCGUGCCCUCCGGCCUCGCCCCCAAGCAGGUGAGCGCGCGGCCUGUUGUCGCUUGGUCACCCCGGUGGACGUGA